AUGCAUCGCCAAAGCACCAGUAGCAGUGAGCAUAGCAGUGGCUCAUCCCAUUAUCAAAAAGUAAUACACUACGAGACCACCACCACGACAUCAGGAAAAGAUGGCGGAAAUCUCAGUCGAUCCAAUUCAUCAGGUCGCCUAGCAACCAGCAUGAUGUCAGCAUUAACCACAGCCAUCGGCAUAGCUGUCAACACAUCCACUCCACCAAUCAUUUCGACAUCCACGCCACCACCUGAGAUCAUGCAAAACCCCUCGAUUUUUGGUCCUGUUCAUGGUCAAGUGCAGUCUGAUGUGGUGUGGCACUAUUUUACAUUACGCGGUUGGCUCACAAAGCACGUCCCACCAUCCUAUUCCUUUACCAAGAGCAGCAAAUUACGCUAUCUUAUUCUUGCCGAUCGUAUGUUAUAUGUCUUCAAGAAUGAUCGACCAACCUUGCAAUAUCGUGAGUUUUUCGAAUUGACCAAGGAUACCCAAGUCUUUGUGAGUGAUCGAUUCACAGGUGUACUCUACUGCCUUGUCAUUUCAAAGCGUGAUGGUUUGGACCAAAAAAAGUGGUACUUGGAAUGUGCUGAUGCUGAGACCAUGAAAGAAUGGCUUGACAAGCUGAAAAAGACCGUUGCAUGGCUCAAGGAAAACGACAAUAUCAAUAGCGUGAUCACGUUGUCCAAGCUAUCCAAUAUCCAAUCCGAACAUGAUGCCCUUGUCAACAAUCACAAGCACGAAUCAUCAUGCUUACAAGUGGAGCCACUAUCACCACGAUGGCUACGUGAAGGUGGAAGAAGGCAAGAAGGUUCACUUACUACAAGCUCCUAUUUCGAUGACAGCUGCAGCAGUGAAGAAUACCUAAGUGGUGCACCACCAUCAUCACCCACUAGCAGCAGCACAAUGAAAACACAGCUGUCACCAAUGACACCACCUAUGCACGAUUCUUCUAUGCGGCUACCACAAUACAAUCAAUACCCAUAUAGUAGCGCCAUAGCAACAUGCAAUAGUGGCGAUAGCAAUGAAUCACUUGUCGAUGAACAUCAUCCGAUUCGGACAUUUUCAACAUCACCACCAUUUGCAGGAUCCCGAUCUCUAUCGGCUUUACCGCCUCAACGACCGCCACCAAGGCGACCUGUACCACCACCACCUUCAUCAACAUCAUCACCAUCAUCACCAAUCCACCCCGUAGAUUAUGCAUCAUCACCACAACAUUUUAUGUAUCCUUGA